AAUUUCAAGACCAAUUAUAUCUAUAUAUACUAUGUUUAUUAUAUUAUGGUGAAACUGAUUGGAUGCUGAGGAUCUUUAACUCCACGAGUGCUCCAGGAGAAGACUAACGAAGGAUGUACGUCGAUGGCUCGCUUUUAUCUCGGACGUUUGAUCGGGAGACAGGUUCCCGAACGAAACAAGAACAGUCUUAGAAGAAAAAACCGUUUGCGACCCCAAUCAAUGCACUUACAAAUCCAGCAUCGGGAAAGCUGUAAUUAACACUGAAGAUUCGAAAGAGGAACGCGUGAUUGACUGGAUGAUUGGAACGAGUCUGGAGCCUUCGAGAUUGAAGGGAUUUAAAACAGCGGGAUUUCGGGCUGAUCGCGAUUUCUUUCAACGAAACCUCCUCGGCAGCGGAAAUUAUUCCGUCAAGAUCGCAAUCGCGAGCGCGAGCAGCUCCUGCGAUCAGGUUUCGCUCCGCGAAAGAAAUCUCGCUCUCCUCUCGAUCUCUCUUCAUCUCUUUCUCUCCGGAUCUGAGAGAUAGGGCCAACUAAUUAUGCGAGCCGGUGAGUGUUAUGGGCCGCAAAAUGAGACGUGAACCGCGUCGGGUCACGCGAGGAAGAGGAAGAGGAACGUCUUCGUCGAUGGAAAUUUCACUCGCGGAAAGGACAAGAACUUGUCGCGGGGAUUUUCGAUAAAAGUCGAAAGAAGAAGAUAGGAAAAAAAGGAAGAGGAUCGAUUAAUCGGGAGGAUAAGCGAGCGCAUAUUUAUCCGGAGGAUCAUCUCGCCGAGCCGAACCGAACCGAGACGCAAUUAUCUUCUGAUACUUAACGACCACGGCUUCGUUCCGUUCCGAAGAAAACAAUGACGAGCAAUGGUCCAUUCGUGAUGCUGCGAUCGCUGAUGAUCGUCGCCAUCGCCGGCGCCGCUUCACCGGGUACCUGGAUAAACCUGGGUCUACGACACUUUCCGGAGUUGGAAACGGUACAGUCGAUGGAAACGUUCGACGUCAGUGCCUCUGAGAUUUGCACCGGCUUGAGGGGACUAUCUCAGGGCCAGGGAAAGCUCUGCCAAUUGUCCGUGGAUCACAUGUCCAGCGUGGCCAAGGGCGCGAAAUUCGGCGUGGCCGAGUGUCAGCAUCAGUUCCGGGACAGAAGAUGGAACUGUUCCACCGUUCACGACGAGAGUGUGUUCGGCCCGAUGCUCAAAAUAGCGAGUAGAGAAACUGCGUUUGUUCACGCAAUCACCGCUGCCGGGGUGGUCUACUCCAUCAGUCGUUCUUGCCGAGAUGGUCAUCUGUCGUCGUGCGGCUGCUCCAGGAGCAACAGACCCAAGGAUCUGCAUCGCGAUUGGAUUUGGGGAGGAUGCGGGGAUAAUCUCGAGUACGGCUACAAAUUCACACAGGCGUUCGUUGACGUGCGGGAGCGCGAACGUAGCUUCAAGAGAGGCAGCCGGGAGCAGGGCAGAAGCUUGAUGAAUCUGCACAAUAACGAGGCCGGACGCAGGGCCGUCAUCAAAAGGUCCAAGUUGACGUGUAAAUGUCACGGUGUUUCCGGAAGCUGCAGUCUGAUCACUUGCUGGCAGCAGCUCGCGUCGUUUCGCGAAAUUGGUGAUUUCCUGCUAGACAAGUAUGACGGUGCGACUGAGGUCAAGGUCAAUCGGCGGGGUCGCUUGUCGAUGCGUGAUCCGAGAUUUUCCCUACCUACUGCCAAUGACCUGGUCUAUCUGGACGAUUCGCCCAAUUAUUGCCUUCCGAAUGAUACUUUAGGAUCAUUAGGUACACAGGGCAGACUAUGCAACAGAACUUCGUCCGGAAUGGAUGGUUGUAAUCUUCUUUGCUGCGGCAGAGGAUACAAUACACAGAAGUCGACCAUCAGGCAGAGAUGCGAAUGCAAAUUUCACUGGUGUUGUUACGUCGAAUGCAAGACUUGCGUGAAAAAUGUCGACAUCCACACUUGCAAGUAGAGCGUAUUUAUUCGUUUUUUUUUAUGAUCCGUUUUUGACUCUCUUCGCAUUAUCGAAGAUAUACAUAUAUAUACGUGUAAUUAACGGUGUCAUAUUUUGAUAACAGUGGCAUUAUCGUUUCGCAGUCAAUAAACUUUGUAUGAUA